ACCACAAGUUGAUUAGUGAAGCGAGACGCAUAGCUUCCAGCUUUCACCCUGCUCUGCCGCGGAGAAUAUCAUCAUGAUGGAAAAAUGUAUCAUUGACAGAAAAGCUAUGAAAGGGAGCCUUUGCCCGGCAGGGCGCUUUCAAGGGGUCGUUUCGGGCCGGAGACGCGCUGUCCGUGUCUUUGCGGCGUCGAACAUAAUGAAACUGGACACAGGCGCCUGGGUGGUGGCUCCGCGCUACCGCUCCAAAGGCAUAGUGCAUUUCUUAGGGGGAGCCUUUGCAGGCGCCGCGCCGCAGGUAGUUUACAGCCUCAUCUUGGACUCGAUCGCCGCCGCCGGCUACACUGCCAUCGCCACGCCGUACGCUGUCACAUUCCGUCACGACGAGUGUGCGCGGCGCGUGAGACGCCAAUUCGAAGACUCGCUAUCGGAACUCCGCAGCAGCAACAGCAGUAGCAGCAGCAGUAGCAGCAUUGGCUUAGCUGGCAGUGACGUGGCCCCACUGGACGUCCCGUUGUUCGGAGUGGGUCAUUCCAACGGCUCACUCCUGCACAUGCUGAUCGGGAGCUACUUCCCCGGGGCCGCGAACUCCAACAUCAUAAUGUCGUACAACAACAAGCAAGUCAAGGACGCCAUUCCCGUACCUGGCCUCAUGGACAAUCUCCCUGGAGCGCUGAGGGCGGCCCGGGCAGCCGCUCCCCCCCUUCCUGAUCUCACUGCCGUUGACGGCGGCGCCACGGACUUCCAGCCUUCCCCCGCGGAGAGUCGUACACUCAUCUCCCGCCAGUACGGCACCGCCGCCACACUGCUCGUUCGGUUCGCAGACGACUCCAUUGACGAGAGCGCCGAAAUCGCUGCGCUGCUGCAACCGCGACUGGCUGGUGGUGUCACCCUGCUAACCCUGCCAGGCAACCACCUCACCCCGUGUGGGGGCGAGCUGCCAGUACCCCUGACAUCAACAUCAGCUGGCGGUGGUGGUGGUGGUGGUGGUGGCGGUGGUCAGUCCAUAUUCACACCGGCAGAGGUGGUGGUGCAGGCGUUGAAGGAGCAACAGCAGGCGGAUAUUCAGAGGUUGUGUAGGCAGAUUGUGGGAUGGAUGGAUGCCAUCGCUACGCGAUGAUGGUGGGUGAAAGUGAUGAAGUGGUGGUGGU